UCUUCAACGACGAUUCGAGAUCGGAAAUACGACUCGACAGUAAGUCAAGCGGACCUUUGUUUUCAAAUAGCACGAGGCCAACUCGGCCGGGUUGUUUACUUUCACAACGUCACGACGGAGGAUUGAAUGGACGAGGAAUGGACUGCUCCCAAUUACUACUGCUAAACGAACAUCCGUUCUCGAGCCGAUGUUGCGAAUCGCAACAUCAGAAAGAUGAAGAAUCGAGUUCCCGUCGAGACGUGCCUGGAAACAAAGUGUGCAUUUAAGGCUGCCUCUCGAUAUCGUUAUCGUCUCUACGAGCUCCGCCGGCGAGUAGUAACGAGCAGCGGCGCGUGGUGGCGCGGCCGUCGCGCCGCGGCGGCUCCGACUGUCGCGCCCCCCCUUCCCCUUCCGCGCGCGCGCGUGUCGCUAGCGCUCCUCAGUACGCAGCGAAACGUCACGCGAGGCGGUUGUGACGUCGCUUGUGCCGUCCGUUAGCGCGCGAGUCAGCUCCGAGCACGCGAUUACUAUGAUCGCGCACGAGGCCUCGUGAUACAUCUCUCACUCUCUCAUACUGCACCGUCGCACCGGGGAAAUUAUGUCGACGCGAAAUGAGUGAUCCGACGACGCUACUGGUGCUGCAGUUCCUCGCCGCGUUCCUCGCCUGUCUCGCGGAUUACAGCCGGGCACAGGAUGAAGAAACGCUAGUGGAAUGCGUCGAGUCCGAGACCGGAUGCAGGAGAUGCAGGGACGGGACGUGCGCGAGAUGCGCGGUCUUGCUACAUCAGGGCACCUGCGUGCAUACCUGUCCACCGGGUUUCGUGGCCGACUGGUCGACCCGGGACGAGUACAUGGGUCGCAUUUGCCGAGAGACCGGCUACAUGUUCGGCCUCACCGGUAGCCAGGUCGCGAUCCUGGUGGGAGUGGUCUCCGGCGCCACGAUCUGCAUCUUCAUCAUCGUGUGCGGCGCGAUAGUCGUGCAUCGGAGGAAGAAGAGAGCGGCAAAGCUGGUGCAGCAAUACGAGGAUAGUGCGGAGAGGAGAGAAUUUCUGAAGCACCUGGCGACGCUCAGGGGAGAGGCCAACACCUUCCUCGCGAUGCUCAACGACACCAGACGACAAGUCAGGGAAUUGUAUUAUUCGGGAAAUAACGGAGAUGGAGCCGUCGGAAUCCAGGCGUACAGACCAGUGUUACGUGAUCUGGCGAGGAUAUUGGUCCUGGUGAACAGAAGAGACGACGAGAUACCGCUUCCGCCUGAUGACUGGCAAAGACUAUUUUCAUGGGCAGAGCGGCUGCUGAGAAGAUAUAAGAGGCACAGUUCUCCAGAAGUGGCUCAGCUCGUGACGUUCCUGCAGCAGCCGACGAGUCCCGUCCAAAUGAUACCACCGCCGUCGCAGCCGGCGGUCGCGACGUCGCAGACACCCCAGCCGUACGAGCCGAGGACCACCCCCACUAAUCUCACGACAUUCCAAGCGAACGUGCCGCUCGCCACGUUUCAGGCGAGCGACAAGUCGAGCAUCAGUCCGGCGAGCUCGAGUCUCGGCUACGCAAAGGACAGUCCCGUUAGCUCGAGCUUGGGUCAGAACAGUUCGGUGCUGUACAAUCACGAGAAGCUCAGUCCAAGUGGUUCCGAGAGAAUCGGUCAAACGACGCCGUUGGUCUACGCCGGCAGCCAAAAGCGGGCGCCAAAGAGUCCCGGCAAUUCGCGCCUCCAGGAACUGGCGAUCAGUGCGUUCAAUCAUACCUACAACGUCGGUUCCGGCGCGCAGUUGCCGGAAUCCGCUGGAGCUGCAAACCGCGGCGGCGGCUUACACGACGAGUGCAACGACGGCCUGGACCGCGACCUGAAUCCCCAGUGGGAGUUCCAGAGCACCAUUGAGGCGGCGAAUUACACCAUCCUGUCGGACUGGUCACCCGCGCGCGAUUACCUCAUCGACGACUUCACGAUCCUCGGCUUCCGGCCGCAGGACGAGAUCACCACGGAACUGUAACGGAACUGUCCCGCGCACAAUGACUGAUUAGAGAACAUAUCCAAAUGUAAGACUCCUCGAGGGAGAGAGAGAGAGAUUACGUACGCUCACGUGUCCCAAAGUAUCGCCGUUUAUAAGACAAUCGGUCUCUCGUACCUCUUGCAAUUCUCAGCAAUCUUCCUCUACAAUCUCCCGAUAAUCGCUAGGGGAUAUAAUAAUACUCGCAUGCAGAUCUGCCGUCUGUAAAAUCUAUACGCGAACUCGAGCUCUCUAUCGACGUUUCCUUCCUCUCAUUUGGUUCUAACGAAUUUUUUAUACGAAACGUCGAACGUGAACGGCGUGAUGUGUUUUAACAGAAUCUCGUGAAAUUUUUACGAUACUGUAUUUCUGCCCCGAAAGCACUCCACAGACCUCUAGCCUGCCAGCGUCAUCUCACGAAUGACACCUUCGGUUUGAACGUAUUGGAGAGUACACUGCGCAAUAGAAACAGAAAAAGAAAUAAUAUAUCGCGACGAUACCAAAUAAUCGUAAGAACCUUGUAUAAAUAUUGGUCUUUAUUUAACUCUUACGUUGUACAUCGUUAACGACAUUUACUACGUGUAUAUUAUAGUGUACUAGUCAACGUUUCCGUUUGUUCACAUCCAAAUGUCGAAGCGCGUCUCCGCGACUUUUCGUAUUCGUUCCUCGCGCGUAUAAUUUAUUCGAUCUGAAUCUAUUUUCGAAAGAAAUUCACGGUCUUUCUCAAAAAAUUAUGUUACCUCGCGAAUUGUGUCACGAGCCGUAGAGGUUGUUCUGUACAAUACGCGCAAUAAACUCGAAAUAAAAAUUGGAUUAAGAAAUAAAAACAAUUUAUUUCACUUGUGUCUCUAUACUCUAACUCCUUCACAUUGGAAGUAUUCCUUUUGAGAGAAAUACUUACGACGCAAGGAAGCUAGAGUAUAGAGAGAGAAAAGGGAAAAUGUGAGCAAAAUAAAUUAUUUUUAUUUUGCUCUCUUGCUUACUUUGCGUAUUGUAGAUAAGCCUCAAUACUCAAUUCACACACCGUGAAGCUCACAUUCUACCCGCGAUAUAGUGGCAAUGUGAACUUAACAGCAAAGUGCAACCACAAAUGAAGCGGAUUUUGUUAUUUUAUUUAUAUAUGAAUGCAAAUACAUACACACACAUUCGAAUUGGACGUGUCAUUAUACAUACGUGUGAUCAAGGCGGUCACUUGUACAAAUUGAUGUAAAUAUACUGAUUAAUAUUUUAGUAAUAAAUGUAAGAAGAUAUCGAAUAUAAUAUAUAUGUACCUGUAAA